UCACCCCCAAUAUUCGUACUUCAUUUGUGUGACAUUGAUUGAGCUUUUUUCAAUUUUGGUAGCAGAAGCAGAAUUGAUAUCUGAUUCGCACCUCGCUUGAAUAUAUAGGUGACCCACUUUAGAUGAGCAAGCUAGGAUAGACUCUAGAGGCAAGAAGCAAGGAAUGGCGAAUUCCAUUUCUCCCCUCCACGUUUCACCAAUUCCGAUUUCGCCGCCCUUUCUCCGCAAAUCCAACGCUUUCGGAUUCUCUUCUGUUUCCGUAAACCCUCUUCGCCUGCCUUCCAAUUUCAAUCUUCGCUCUGCCUCGCAACCACGCCCCUCCGGUAGAAGGUUGGUUAGAGUUGUAGCUACAAUAUUGCAAGAGGAUGAAGAGAAAGUGGUAGUGGAGGAAUCAUUUAAUCCGAAAGGUUUCCCGGAGAAGGAAAAGGAAGGGACAUUUGGCGCGUCGCCGAGUGAUGGUGCCCCGCCCUCCAGUGGUUUGGAGAAGUGGACUAUAAAAUUGGAGCAGUCUAUCAAUAUUCUUCUCACAGAAUCGGUGAUAAAGAUCCUCGACACUUUGUACCAUGAUCGUGAUUAUGCAAGGUUUUAUGUUCUUGAAACCAUUGCAAGGGUUCCUUAUUUUGCUUUCGUGUCAGUGUUGCACAUGUACGAGAGUUUUGGAUGGUGGCGACGAGCUGACUACUUGAAAGUUCACUUUGCUGAGAGUUGGAAUGAGAUGCAUCAUUUGCUUAUUAUGGAAGAAUUAGGGGGGAAUUCUUGGUGGGUUGAUAGGUUCCUUGCUCAACACAUUGCGGCCUUUUACUAUUUUAUGACUGUGUUUAUAUACAUAUUGAGUCCAAGAAUGGCAUAUCACUUCUCAGAAUGCGUGGAGAGUCAUGCUUUUGAAACUUACGACAAGUUUAUCAAGAGCCAAGGAGACGAGUUGAAGAGACUGCCUGCGCCUGAAGUUGCAGUGAGAUACUACACCGGAGAUGACAUGUACUUGUUUGAUGAAUUCCAAACCUCAAGACCUCCCAAUACUCGGCGACCAAAGAUAGACAAUCUGUAUGAUGUAUUUUGCAACAUAAGAGAAGAUGAAGCGGAACAUUGCAAGACGAUGAAGGCAUGCCAAACCCAUGGUAAUCUCCAAUCACCUCACUCUUGCACCGGUGAUGCUUUGGAAGAUGACACAGGCUGUAUUCUGCCUGAAGCCGACUGCGCAGGCCUUGCCGAUUGUAUAAAGAAAUCUAUUACGGAACCACCACCUGCCACCAAAAUAUGACCUGCUAACCCGGAAAAUCGGAUUAUUAGGAUACAAAUAAGUAAAUCUUCAUAGAAAAUGAUAUGUACUUAUGUUCAUCUAUCCUUUCAUUAUAGAAGAAAACCAAUUCACUGUUC